AUGGAGAACGGGCUGUACUGGAAGCUGAAGAGCGAGUGCCUGCCGCUAGACGUGAGCAAACACUUGGAGGAGAACGACCUGGAGGGUCUGCUGAGCUACGAGGGACUGAUCCAGGAGAUAAAAGCGGAGAACUACGAGCUAGUGAACUUCGUAUCGAAAGAGGAAAAUCUAAAAAAAAUAAUCAAGUACAUCACAGAGGAAUCAGAAGAAAAAAGUAACUAUGACAAAUCAUACAAGUUCCCCUACAAAUGUCACCAAAUAAUAAAUGCAGAGAAUAAACUAAUAACAGAUUCGCUUGUCUACAAUGACAAGCUAAUGAAGCUUUUCUGGAGUUUUGUCCUCAAGAAAAACCAAUUAAAUGAAGUCUUAUCAGGUUACUUUAGCAGAUGUGCCAUAACGAUUUAUAAUAAAAAUACAACAGAAGUGCUUUCUUUUUCUUACUUAAUAAAAUGCGUUUUUUCAGAUUGUCCCUAUACCAUCUCUGCUGCUAUUACGAUAAUAUCAGAUCUACUGCACUACACUGUGUUGGGUAAGUCUUACAACACUAUCGAUUUUUAUGAAUGCCUCGAUUUGUACACUAAGGAACAGGAUCAAAAAAAUAAGCAACUUAAACAGAUGGAAGAAUGUAAAUACACUAGGAAGAAGAAAAAAAAAAGGAAAUCAAAUAAGGUCAUUGAUGAAGAGGCCCUUUAUAACUCAUCCAAGGCUCAUGCUAGUUGUGCUAACCAGGUGCGUGAGUCGGAUGAAAUACUCAUGAGUGGUUCUUGUAAUGUGUAUGACCAGUAUGGACUUAGUGGACCCUCUGUGGGUAUUCCCGCUGGGUUUGCGACCCCACCCAGGAAUUAUUCACACGAGGAGACGCCUCAAGAUUCAGAUAAUCUUGCGGAGGAGGAAAAGAGAGAAAUUGAGAAGAGCGAGCUGGAGAGGGAGAAGGAAGGUAAGCUGACAGGCAGGGGGACAGGAAAGGUGGUAACAAAUGUGAGCACAAACUCAGGUGGUGAAUUUUGUCCUAACUUUUACCCAGUUAAUCAGCCAAACCAUGUGAACAAAAAGAUUAAGGAGGAAAUGCAAACAGUUGGAGUAACCCCACAGGGAGAAAACGACCGAGAGAACAAGCAUAACAUGCUGCAUGGUGUGACGGAGGAGCUAAGCAAGGCGGAGUUUGAACCAGAGGGAGGAAACUCUCCCUUCAGUAUGCAGUUUGAAUUACACUCAGAGGGGAAGCACCCACAUGGGGGGGGUCUUCAAACGGGAGAGGAAAACAGGAUGAUGGGUGGCGAAGUAGACAUGCACAGUGGCAGUGGUAGAAGCUCUUCGUGGGAGCUAUUAGGAGUGAGCCAGAAUGGUGAGAAUGGCGAGGGAGACGCUCGAAAAGGGCAAAAUGGUGAAGAAGCACAAAUUGGUGAGGAAGCACAAAGUGGUGAAGGGGCACAAAGUGGUGAAGGGGCACAAAGUGGUGAAGGUGCACAAACGGCCGAAUCGCUACUCGCGCAACAGCACGCAGUUUCGUAUUACUACUCAUGUGGGGACGGCAGCCAGGAGGGGGGGGAACCCGACUUUCUAAUAGGAGGCAACCAGAGGAACGACCACACACAACUGUCCAAUAUGCACACGUAUAGCAGUGGUACCCACAGCUUGGAUAACAGAAAUAACGGAGUAGUAAAAUACUCGAAGGAGACAAAGAACGAACGAAACAGUGACAAUGAUAAUUGCUUCUCCUACGGAUCGGAUGCAUCCUCAUCUGAUUCGUCGGAUGACGAAAAUUAUGGUCAUCUGAAAAAAAUAAAAUUUGAAGAUGUCCUAAAUAGAAUGAAGCGAAUCGCUAGCAACCGGGUGCACGUGAAGGAGGAUGCAGAGGGAGGAGCAGCAGCAGGAGGAGCAGCAGGAGCAGCAGCAGGAGGAGCAGCAGGAGCGGCAGCAGGAGGAGCAGCAGGAGCGGCAGCAGGAGGAGCAGCAGCAGGAGGUAUCGCCAAUGGAAGAAACACACUCAGUCACACACAAAGUAAUGAAAAGAAGAAAAUAAAAGAAGAUAUUUUUGGAAUCGAAUCGAACAGUUGUACAUAUAAACAUCCCAACGAAAGUCCCAAGGAAGAACAAAGCUUUCAAAUUUUCGAGAGUGAAAAGGAAGGAGAUAUAAAUAUCCCCCUGAAUAAAUGGGUACAGUAUCUUGAAAAUGGCACCUUUAUAGAUAUAUGCUUUUUUAGCUAUAUAAAGGACAUUAUGAGAUUAUAUAUAAAAAAUAUAAAUAAAAAUAAAAGCAAAAAUAUGUUGGGAUUUACCACUUUGGAAAUUAUCCAAUUAAUUAAAACACUUAUAAAAACAAAAUCCAAAAAUAUUUUAGCAGAAAUUAUCGAUGAAGGUUUUUUUGACAUUUCAAUUGAUAUCUUUUUUAAAUACAAAUGGAAUAAUUUGUUACACAUUUCUGUUUGUGAUUUAAUGCAGACCAUUAUAUUUAAGGAAAAUGACUAUCUUCUCUACUACAUAUUAGCAUUGACUACUUUUUUGCCGAAAUGUCUACGUUACUUCGAUGCUGUUAGACGAUGUAGAAAUAUUAAAAAUAAAAAAAGGAAAAAAAAAAUUGAGAGUUUAAUUGAUUGUGGGUAUAAGGCUCAUUUACUUCAUAUUUGUCAAAUUCUGAGUAACAAGUCGUUGGAAAUAAAGUGGCUUUCCAACUUCCUUGUUACCGUUUCUGGAUGGAAUGACAUCAUCAUAGAGGAAUUAAAUCACUACUCCUUAUACUUUAACGAUGUGAAUUAUGGUGAUGAAAAACGAGCAGAGGAAGCUGACCACGGUGAAAUCAUCUCCAAUGACCUGUGCAAUCAGACGGACAACUCCAUGACUCACCACCACAUGAACAACGUCGGGGGGACAACGGGGACCAAUCGGGAAAAUCUCAUUAGUGGUGACGCUAGUGGAAACUCCGAUCGGUGCUUGAAUCGAAAUUACCACUACGAUGAGGAGGAUGAGGAGGACGAGGAGGAUCAGCAGGGAAACCUUAACCGCAGCAAUGGUGGCAGUAGCAAUGGCACAACUAUGCAGGGUGACCAGCGUGAACCCAGAUCUAACAACCACGAUGGAAACGAAAACUGCUUUAACAACUAUUCCAAUGUCAUCGAUAUCCUUUUCGAUGAACAUAAAAAUGAUUACAUAAAAUAUGAGGACGAGUACCACGACAGGAACUCCAACUAUGAUUUAUCAUCCAAUUGCACCUUUGGAAACCACGACCCGCAUGCAGAAGAUAUGAACAGGUUGGAUGAUAGCUUCGGCAAGCAGGGGGAGUAUGGCCUGGGGAGCUACAAGGGGGGUUACGAAGAGCAGGAGGGGGGACACCACGGGGGGGGCAGUCACCUUGGGGACCACCGCCAAGAUGGCCAUCCCGAAGCCGACCCCUUCUCGAACCACGCGAACCACGCGAACAGCUACCUGUUCGACCGAGGGGAUGGCAACCCAAACCGCGGCGACGACCACCACGACUUGAAAAGCGGCUCGGACCCCUUCGGCGCAAAUUGA